AUGACAAACAAUGAAGAAUUCCGUUUCCUCGACCUCCCCAAGGACAUCCGCCUCGAGAUCUACGACCUAUUCCCUGCCGAAACCCGUCGCUACACAGUGCAAAAACCAGAUAGGCCAGCCAUCACACCCUUCACCCUAGUCCUGGAACGCAUCCCUUGCAUGGCACUACUUACAACCUGUCGCCAGAUAUUCGACGAAGUUUCUGCCAUGCUAGGUUCAAGGUUAGACGGCCAGCCAAUUCGUAUCUUCGCCGAUGGGGAAGACUUGGGUAACAUCGUCACUGGUGUAUUAUUGCGUUGUACUUCACUCAGCCCUAAAUACGAGGACUCGGACACACGUAUCAAACGCUACAUUCCUAGUCACCAUAAGGACUCCAACGAUCAGGAUGUACACCACGUACCUCUCCAGGCUAUUCGUCGCGAUACAAAGCCUGGUUCGAAGCUAGAAGUAGAAAUAUCUCUUGAGCUUGGCGAAAAAAUGCAGGUGUAUCCCCCGCAUGUCCAUCUGCGGCUGUUGCGAGAUGAUAUUCGCAUAUUCUACAGGUGGCUUACAGACCUGAAUAGAAUGGAUUCGUCGGUAUUCUUUGGCGGCCCAGUCAAUAUCACGAUCCGCCCUAAACCCUUGUCGGAGAGAACCAGAAAAUGGCUGAGCGAGGCGCAUCUGUUCAAUCAUGAAGAUUGCCCGAAGGAGUUUGGGUUGGGAAAAACGUGGACUGUUCACGUCGGUGAGUGCAUGACGGAGAAGGAGUGGCAACGUAACUGGAAGGAAGGCAAGCACUUCGGAAAGUUGAAGCGCAUCUAG